AUGUCUUGGCUAGAGAAUGGGAACCAUACUACAGUGGCAGAGUUCCUUUUAUUGGGAUUAACAGAUGACCCAGUUCUUAGAGUCAUUCUCUUCACCAUCAUUUUGUGCAUCUACCUGGUGACUGUGUCUGGGAACCUCAGCACCAUCCUUCUCAUCAGAGUCUCCUCCCAGCUCCAUCACCCCAUGUACUUUUUUCUCAGCCACUUGGCUUCUGUUGACAUAGGCUACUCAUCUUCUGUCACACCCAAUAUGCUUGUUAAUUUUCUGGUAGAGAGAAAUAUCAUCUCCUACCUGGGAUGUGGCAUACAGCUCAGCCUAGUUGCUUUUUUUGGUGCAGCUGAAUGCUUCCUUCUGGCUGCCAUGGCUUAUGAUCGCUUCAUGGCAAUCUGUAACCCACUGCUUUAUUCUACCAAAAUGUCCACACAAGUCUGUAUCCUGUUGGUUGUGGCUUCUUAUAUAGGGGGUUUCCUUAACGCUUCCUUUGCCAUGGUUUCCUUUUGUUCUUUUCUCUUCUGUGGACCAAAUAUAAUCAAUCAUUUUUUCUGUGAUUUUGCUCCUUUGAUUGAGCUCUCCUGUUCUGAUGUCAGUGUUUAUGUUAUUGCUACCUCAUUUUCUGCUGGCUCAGUUACUAUGAUCACAGCACUUGUCAUAGCCAUCUCCUAUUCCUAUAUUCUCAUUACCAUCCUGAAGAUGCACUCCACUGAGGGUCGACAGAAGGCCUUCUCCACCUGCACCUCCCAUCUCACUGCAGUCACUUUAUUCUAUGGAACUGUUACAUUCAUUUAUGUGAUGCCCAAGUCCAGUUUCUCCAUUGACCAGAACAAGAUAGUGUCUGUCUUCUACUUGUUGGUGAUCCCCAUGUUGAACCCCCUCAUUUACAGUCUCAGAAAUAAUGAAAUUAAAAGUGCUCUGAAGAAACAGAUUUGGAGGAAAACAGUUUCAUAG